GACCCGAGCGCUGCCUGCACAAUGUCUUCGACGCUGCCCCGCACCAGGAGCGUCAGCGCCGCGUCGUCGUCGUCCAGCGCUGCGUCGGGGAGUAAGGAGCGCGUGCGACCCGUGUCCCUGUGCGACACGUCGUGGGCGAGGAUGACGGGCCAGGACCUCCGGCAGCAGAACCUGGUGAGGACGCCCUCGCAGGCCAACAACCUCUCGACGACGGUGCCUCAGAGCCUGGUGGUGCAGAACCUGGGCGGGCGACACACGCCCACGCGCAGCUCCCUCAGGCACUCGCGAAUGAUCGUCCUGGCCAAAAACGGACAGAAGUUGCGCGACCGGCGGUGGCCGCCCAACAGCCUCGGGCGCGUGGGCGUGCUGGUGGUGACCGCGCAGAUCUUAGUGGGCGUGAUGGCGGUGACUCUCGCCGCGUGGUUCCUCAUGUGGGCGCCGUCGCUUAGCUUCAGAGAAGUUCCGCAUUACGCAGGCGUGCCGGUGUUCCUUGCGGGUGUAUUCGGCGCCAUCCUCAUCAGCUGUUUCCAGAGGCGGCGGCAGCGCUCCAUUGCCAACAUCAUUAAGGGCAUCCUGGUUUCCCUGUGCUGCAUCAGCAUAGUGACUUGCCUGAGCGUGUGCAUCUUUACCGCUCUCCACCUGGCCUACCUGGCACCCAUGACGUGCCACACGCGCCACUCCACCAUCACGCAUCCGCCGUCGUCUGAGAACAUUCUAGACUCAGUGAAGCACCGCGUCCUCCAUAGUGACAUCGGGAUCCACGGCACCGCGACGACGAGCAGUCCGCCUCGGAAAGACGAGGCAGUCAUCCUUGGGUAUGACGACGACGAGGACGAGGCGGAAGGGAGCGGUCUGGUGAUGCGCGACCUACAUACCCCCGACGACUAUGUGGACGAGCGCAUCCUCGAAUUUGAGACAGUCACCCUUCAGACUGUCACCGUGAAGAUAGAAAAUGAGAUCGUGCUCAACGUCUCGUCGUGCGAGUGCGAGAGCCAGGGGGCGGACUGGGUGCGCACCUUGACCUACCCCGAACUCUCCUGCCUCGAGGUUAACAAUCUUCUCCCAGUUCUGUUCGUGGCUUCGUGCGUGGUGACGGCCGUGGGAGCCGUGCUCUCGGCCCUGGUGCUGUAUCUUCUGUGGUCCUUCAGAAACAACUUCUACGGCCCAGCCAAGCCCCACGAGACGCGCCCCUUCAUCUUCACCAGCAAUUUCAGCAAGGGCAAGACGAAAGCGGCUUCGGUGUCGCGGGGCGGCGGUGUAACCAAUGGCGAGGGCAGCCUCAGGUGACACAGGCAGUGAUAUAUGCCUCAUGUGACACAGCCUCAGGUGCCACAGACAGUGACAUAUGCCUCAUGUGACGCUGCCUGUCGCGAGGGAAAAAUACAGGUAUCAGAGACGGCAUGACGUGUGCCCUCUCCAACAAAGAUCUAUGUAGAUUUAGUUUCUCUUGCAAAUGUGAUGGAUGAUUGACUGAUGCAGUAAGUGUCUGGCCCUGCCUUGUGAAGAGAAUCUAAUAAUGUUGAGUACAGAAAAAAAAUCAGAUAUAAAAAUAAUAAUGAGCUUGAACUUAAAAAUGUAUAGAAAUACAUUAUCAGGUAUGAAUGACAAACGCACACUCAAAGAACAAUCGAAAAUAUUAGCAAAACUAUAUAUGUUUAGAAAUAUCUAAACUCUCGGAACGGACAAAGAGCGGGGAGCACCAUCGCCCUGAUGUGAUAUUCAUAUUUGUCAUGGAAACUGACGAGCGAAUUCGGGCCACAAGUUCCGCAGACGCUGCCCACGCCUCGGAAGGAAUUUGAACCAGGAACGGCGUCCCAGGCGCUGCCCGCGAGAAAGACUCAGCCUCGCCCUCAAGCAAAGCUUCAAGUGCGGCCUGUUUGGGAUAGGAGCGUUGCGCCUUUCUGUGACUUCCGCUCCGCUGCUACUGAGUCACACUUAGAUUAGCGUCAUGUCGACUUCUGUGUCACACUCCGAUUAGCGUCAUGCCUAUUUUUGUGUCACAGUGAUGUUGCCUGUUGUCGAGGUAGUGUCUAGCCAUUCUUGCAUUGUGUCAUAUUGACGCAACGCUGUUGGAGUGUGUUGCAGGGGUGUCUUGAUUUAGAGCCGUCACUUGUCAUGUGCCUUAAGUUGCCACAGAAGUAUUGAUUAUCAUCACUCACUUGGUUUAGUUUAAUGCUGAUUAAAAUAUAAGAAAUAUAUAUUAGAGAGAGACGUAACGGAAUUAGUAACUCAUAGUUCUGGUAACAGUGAGUGAUUGGUAUUAGAAUCAUACAACGCUGAUAAUUGUUGCCACGUAGCCUAGUGUGAAUGGCAAUCUGACACAGGGACACAAUUUAGAAGUAGUGCCAUGCAGUACACACUCAUUAGUAUAGAUGGCGCUGCUGUUGUGAUGCAAAAUUCGUAUGAGUAUCACUUACAAAACAUUUACACGUGAGGAUUAGUUUAAACGUUGUCAGUGGCCUUAAAAUGUACCUUUUGUAAAUACCGACGUAGAUGUAACAGUUAAGAAGCAAUGUUUAUUUUAAGUAGAACCAAAGCAUAACUGCCGUUUCCUCUUUCGGAUUCUGUGAUCCCCCCCCCCUCUCUCUC